GUACUAACUGUUAUUUCAUCUAACAAUUUAAGAUGAAUUUAACUUCAUUAUUUGAAAUUUAUAGGCAGAGUACGAAAUGUUUAAGAGAAUUGUGAUGGCAUUCUUCUUUUCCGUGACUACUCCAUUUGGCAUUGCACUUGGAAUUGCGCUGUCCAAAACGUAUAAAGAAAACAGCCCGACGGCUCUGAUCACGGAGGGGCUGCUGAACGCGUCGUCGGCCGGGCUGUUGAUCUACAUGGCUCUCGUUGAUCUUCUGACGACGGAUUUCAUGGGUCAAAAGUUGCAGGGUAACAUUAAGCUCCAGAUUAAAUGCUAUUUAGCUGUUUUUUUGGGUGCUGGUGGCAUGUCUCUCAUGGCAAAAUGGGCUUGAAGAGAGUUGAGAUCAUCAUUUCAUGAUGUUCUUUAAACCACUACUAUGGUUUUAUCCAGAUUUAUUGGAGUAUUUCUUCUUAUGUUUCCCUUACUCCUUUUUUUCUUUUUUUCUUUUUUUUUUUUUACCAUUAGUUAGAUCUAAAUUUUUAAGUCUUUAUUGAAUCCAUCUCUCCAAUCUCAAUAUAUAGUAAAAUAUAAAAUUAUGA